AGAAAGAGUUGCAGUGAAGUUGACUGCCUCUCUUGGUCCUUCCCCUGCUCUUCCCUGACACUGUCCGAAAGAGAGAAUUCCAAAAAAGGUUUCUGACUUUUUCCUGCAAGUAAGUCUAUCGUUGUUGAUCUUUUCCUUCUUCCGAUUCGCUGUUCGUAUCUGAUCAUGCAUUAAUAUCACGAAGGCGGUGUCGUGAGUUUCCUUUCAAAUUCGCCUCUGUUCGACCUUCAUUCGACCUUUUUCACUGUGUUGUUCGAAGGAGAGGAAAAAAUGAGUGCUUUCCUCGAACGACUUCGUCGCAUCUUCAGUGGUAAGGAAGAAGGCGGUCAUCACCAUCGUCAAACCGACAGAAAUCUUGGUUACGGUGGUCUUCUUCUUAAACGAAUUCGGAGUGUUUUUGGUCCAUUGCCCACAUAUCAUCAUCAUCAAGAGCAAGAAUCAUCACAAUCGCUCACAUUCGCGCUGCCUUCUUUAUCGCCCCUUCGUGUCCAUGUUGUUGUGCAUAAUCCUUUGACUGGAGACCUGAUUGGGUUGCAAAAUGAGCCGAAAUUUGGCACGAUUGUAGAUGAACUGAUAAUGGCUAGGCUAAGUCAGUCUUCUCAUCAUCAAGAACAAGAAUUGUCACAAUCACUCGCCUUCGCACCGCCUUCUUUAUCACCCCUUUGUGUCCAUCUUCUUGUGCACAAUCCUUUGACUGGAGAAUCAGUUGGGUUGCCAAAUGAGCUGAAAUUUGGCAGGACUGUAGGUGAACUGAUAAUGACUAGACUGAGUCAGUAUUCUCAUCAUCAAGAACAGGAAUUAUCCCAAUCACUCAUAUUCACGCCACCUUCUUUAUCACCCCUUUGUGUCCAUCUUGUUGUGCACAAUCCUUUGACCGGAGACCUGAUCAGGUUGCAAAAUGAGCUGAAAUUUGGCAUGACUGUUGAUGAAUUGAUCUUGAGUAGGCUAAGUCAGUCUUCUCAUAAUCAAGAACAAGAAUUAUUGCAAUCACUCACAUUCACAACACCUUCUCUAUUGCCCCCUCAUGUCCAACUUGUUGUGCACAAUCCUUUGACGGGAGACCUGAUUGGGUUGCAAAAUGAGCCAAAAUUUGGCAUGACUGUUGAUAAACUGAUAAUGGCUGGGCUAAGUCAGCAUUCUCAUCAUCAAGAACAAGAAUUAUCACAAUCACUCACAUUCGCACCACCUUCUUUAUCGCCCCUUCGUGUCCAUCUUGUUGUGCACAAUCCUUUGACGGGAGACUUGAUCGGGUUGCAAUAUGAGCUGAAAUUCGGCAUGACUGCUGAUGAACUGAUAAUGGCUAUGCUAAGUCAGUCUUCUCAUCAUCAAGAACAAGAAUUAUCACAAUCAUUCACAUUAGCACCACCUUCUUUGUCACCCCUUUGUGUCCAUCUUGUUGUGCACAAUCCUUUGACGGGAGAUCUGAUCCAGUUGCAAAAUGAGCCGAAAUUCAGCAUGACUGCUGAUGAGCUGAUAAUGGCUAGGCUAAGUCAGUCUUCUCAUCAUCAAGAACAAGAACUGUCACAAUCACUCACCUUCGCACCACCUUCUUUAUUGCCCCUUGGUGUCCAUCCUGUUGUGAACAAUCCUUUGACCAGGGACCUGAUUGGGUUGCAAAAUGAGCCCAAAUUUGCCAUGACUGUUUGUGCACUGAUAAUGGCUAGGCUGAGUCAGUAUUCUAAUGGCACAUCUCCUUCAGCUUCUGUGAAACCAUCACAUUUUGCAUCAAAGGCCUUUAUUGUCUCCUUUAGUGACCCGUUUGUUUCUCCAGCCAAACGACCACUGAUUUCCUCGCCCUUGAAGCAGUAUUUAGCCCAAUCACCUCAACCUUGGAGUGAGCUGUCUUCAUCUCAUUUGCAAUGUCCUUUGUCAGAAACAUCCUUGCCAACCCCAAAAGUUGAACAACAUUCUUCACAAAGUGCUAAAGAAUGUGAACCAGUCUUUAGUGCAGCAAUUUUCCAGGCCAAUCCAACAUCAGUUUCCAUUUACUCGAAUAAGUAUGUGCCUAAAUCAGAGACCUCACAGUCACUACCCUCGAAUACCAACGAGCCAUCACCUCUCAAAUUUACACUUCCUUCAUCAUCCUCCACUCGCCAUGUUGUUGUGCACAAUCCAAUGACCAGAGACCCGACCAGGCCUAAAAGUGAGCUAAAAUUGAGCAGGAGUGUUAGUGACUUAACUCAGUCUUCUCAUGGCACCUCUCCUUUUAAUGCAGUCCCUUCGGGAUCUCCGAAACCGUCUCCUUCUGUAUCAAAGCCAUCAACCAUCACUUCUAGCAAUCCAUUUGUUUCCCCUGCCAAACCGGCGGCCCUUUCUGCUCUUCCAGCUGUUUCGGAGACCAUACCACCAUCAAUUUCCAGUCACUCAAAUCAGAAUGUAGCCAAACCUCCUUGGCCUUCGGAUGAGUUGUCUUCUUCUCGUGUGCAGUCUCCUUCUUCGUCAACAACAACCUCACCUACUCCAAAAGCACAAAAACUUUCUGCUGAGCAAUUUAAAUGGGAUGUACCUCCAGUUGUUUUGGAGACCAAACAUCCUCGGCCUUCCGAUGAGCUGUCUUCAUCUCAUGUGCAGUCUCCUUCUUCGUCAAAAACAAACUCGUGUACCCCAAAAGCGCUAGAACAUUCUGCUAAACAAAAUAAGCCAGUCCUACGUGCAGUUUCUUCAGUUUGGCCGAAUCAGCGAAAGAAGACGGUUUAUGUUCAGAAAGAUACUUCCCCUAUUUACAGCAUCCCCGAGGAUGUUGAAGAUUUGAUAAAGCGAGACAUUGUGCCAGGGGUUCUCCAGAAACCACUAUCUCCAUCGACCUAUAGGGAUUAUUUUGCAGCUCUUCUUUAUGCGGAGGACUUCUAUAUUGAGAAAUGGACUGAAUUCGUUAUGAAGGAUGUCACGUUGGAGCUGGAUCAAUCGACUAUUUACAAGAAUGAACGGAACUAUGAUUGCUUCAGUGAGGAAAAUUGUGUAACUUUUGUCCAAUUCAAGAUGGAAUCUGUACCAGCGCAUCGACCCUUCCUUCUAUCGAGAGAUUUUGUUUUUGCAAAGCCCCUCGAUAAGAAAGAUACACAGUAUCAGGGUUUUGUAUGUAAAGUGAAGAAGGGUUCUAUCGUCUUAGCAGAGUUUGGGGAUGAUUUUCACUCCCAGCAUCAUUCAAGCAGCAGAUACAACAUCAGCUUUUCUUUCAAUAGAGUUUGCUUGAAGAGAGCUCGUCAAGCAGUUGAAGCCACCAGUGAUCCUUCCUUUCGCAACUUCCUUUUCCCCAUAUGUGCAACCAGACGUGAUUUGUUUGCCUUACCAUCUCUCUUUUUUUCAGAAGAUGUGCUUUACUCGGAGCAAAGAUCUGCAAUCCGUCAGAUUUUAACUCUCAAAGGUUCAGCUCCAUUUCUCAUGGAGGGUCCUCUUUGUACACGGGAUCUACACCUAUCAAUGGCCGGAGUAGUUGUUAGGGAAGCUGUGUCGCAAGUAUACCAACGCUGUAAAGAUCCUCGGAUUCUUGUGGCUGCGCCUAUAAACAAAACAUGCGAUAUUUUGAUGAGAAGCUUGAUGAAGGAAAUCCCAGAUUCCGAAAUAUUUCGAGCAAAUGCUGCCUUCCGUGAGAAAGAUGGCGUGCCUAUUGACAUUCUCCCUUCGUGUCUUUAUGAAAAGGAAAGCAAGUGUUUCGCUUGUCCACCCCUCCAGGAACUCCAAAGAUUCAAGGUUAUCUUUUCGACUUUUGUGAGUAGCUUCAGGCUACACAAUGAGGGCAUCAAUGCAGGACACUUCAGUCAUAUUUUCCUUGUUGAUGCGUCGUCCACUUCCGAGCCAGAGGCGAUGAUUGUGCUAGCUAAUUUGGCCAAUGAGGAUACAACCGUUGUUGUCACUGGUGUGCAAGGAAAUCGCUCAGGGCGGGUGCGAUCCCCAAUUGCUCAGAAGAAUGGUCUCCAGAUAUCAUACUUUGAGCGGCUCAGAGAACUUACACCAUACAAGAACCUCGACCCUGCAUUCAUCGCUCAAGUGGCUGCUGAGCCAGAACGGAUGAACUCAGCCUGGCCACAUUUUGAUUGUCAGUUGCUUUACGCGUAAGCAGUAGCUACUUCAGAAUGCCCCCGAUGUGCUCUGUUCACUCCCUUUCCAUGCUUUAGUUGCAUGAACAAAGCAUCAAAAUCUGGUAUGUGUAGACGUGUGGAAACUCGUCCUUACUAGAUCAAGCAAGCUUGAUGCUUGUAGUUAACUUGUCAAGCUCCUCUCACAUAAAUUUCACAGCUUCUCCACUCGUAAGUACGAGUUUCGUGUCCAGCAACUAGUCGAGAUAAUGGGAGCAUGUCUAUAUGAUUUCCUGUUC